AUGAGUUCCGAGCACGACCAUUAUCGAAUGGACCUGAAUAACUGGCUCCAAAGCCGAAGAAAUCCAGAUUUGAAGAUGGAAUACAAGACCGGUCGAUCUGGGCCCCAUCACGCUCCAACCUGGGAGGCAGCUGUCUUAAUCAACGGCAUCGAAUGUGGGAAAGGUACAGGCCAGAAUCAGGGUAUCGCUAAGGAGCAGGCAGCUAAACAGGCACUGAAGGCGUUGGAAGAGGGUGCUGUCGUAGUGUGA